UUCUCUCUACUUUGGAGUCUCACAGGCCAUUGGCUACAGUUGUUGGGUUAGUGGUGCCCGGGAGGAAGACUGGAGCUGGACUGGACUGAUGUACCCAAUCCAUAAAGAAGUCCUACGGAGACUUUGUUUAGCGCCUCCUUACUCACCAUGGUAUAAGUUGAUAUAAGGAAUGAACCAAAGAGCUAGCAAACAUAACAGCACCAUGAAGGCAAUCCCUAAUGGUUUGAUGGUCGCAAACCCAAUACUGGAAUGUUCUGAGUCUGUUCCUUUGAGAAGUGCAUAACACAAGUCGAAAAAUAAUUUUGGGGUAUUUUUUACUUUAAGCCAAAGACUUGGAGCAAUGGAGGAAUUUCCAAACACCGAGGGACCCAAAUAUGACCAAACCCUUAAUAUUGAUUCAUUUAUUGAGUACUUAAUGGGCAUCCCAGGUGAUCAGAGCUCAGAAAAUGAAAAUUGGGAAGAGAACAAUGAAAACAGUUUGAUUUUGGAUGCUGGAACUGAUGCAACCCAACAUUCCAAGCAGGUGUUAGACCCAAUAAACACCCAAAAAACUGCGGUUAUCGGAAACAAGGAAAAUAAAGAAUCUGGUGAUAAAUUUUUCACGUGCCACACACACAAUAUGGAUCGUGUGUAUUGUACGUGGCUUGGCACUAAUUACUGGUACAUGUAUGCAAAGCCAUACUGGGACACUCAGCUGCCUUCAGAAGAGGAACUUUUUGAUGAUCGUCUCAACUAUUUGGAAUGUUCUGAUGUCAUGACCGAUUAUACCAAUGGAAUCUUGGAACCGGCCCUGUUAGACUCUGACCCUAGAUCUUUACUGGAAAGUGACCAGUGCGAUGAGACAAAGCAAAGCCUGGAUUACCUAAAUGGGUGUGAUCUUGCUCCUAGUGGUGUGACUGCUUUGAAUGAAGUGUCGGAUAACAGUGUAGAUGAGGAGGGUGCCUUUACUGGACUCUCCCAGACUCCCCCACAGCCAACAGAAGAAGCUGUACUCUCCAGGGAUCGCCUGGAAGCUCUACAGUCAGAGAUGGUUAUAACUGUGAGGCACCAACAAGAUGAAACCUCUAGUGUGAAAAGCAAAGAGAGAUGUAAACUGCCUUUCUCUGCAGCCGCCAUUCAGAAUGACCAGGCUGGCAUUGAGGAAGAUAACAAAGAGAACAGCCUUGUUGGAGAACUGUCUACUCAUGACAAACAAUUCCUUGGUCAUACUCUAGUGGAACACCUCUCGGCAAACAGUAUUGACACCUCUGUGAAUAUUAAAUGUAUGAACCCACGGACAGAUGAACACAUGGAGACUUCUCUUAUACCGACCUCCCCAGGCACGGAGACAGCAAGUGAGAAGCAGUACCUGGAAGAGAUAAAGUUCAUGCCUCUUGGAGAGAAUGGUCCCUCAAAGUCCCCAGAGGUGGAAUCAAACCAAAAGUUCUACGGUAUAAGUUUAACUGACAUAAAUAGAGCUCUUCCAUCCCAGAGUAAAGAGAAAAAUGAAGGGCAAGACUACAAGAAAACAGCAGAUGCGGUUUCCAAGCUUUUGGAGCAACAGGUGGCCAACAAGUGCCGCUGUAACAUGGAAUGCCCUGCAGGAAGGAACUCCAAGGAAAACACGGCACUUACAGUUACAAGUGGCAAUAAACUCUGCAGCCUUCUGUCUAAAAAAAGCAGCCAGUUAAGCCCGAAAUACAAAACCUCCACAGAAGUUUCUGGAAAUGAUAUCAAUGGGCUCCCCAUAAUACAAAAUGACUGUUCUUUUCACAAACCCAACAUCAUGCCAAAGGACAUUUCUUUAACUUUAUUGAAGGAAAAUACACAUUAUACCCAGCCAUUUGAAAAUAAAGACAUUUUGGGAGAAAGCGUGUUUCCUGGUUCACAGUUUUCUUCUGCAGACAAGUCAUUAGGCAAAAUGGAAAAAGGAACCCAACUUACUGAAUCUGUAAAUGUUAAAGGCUCAUUGGACUCUAAAACACAUGAGAAUGUUGUGGAUACUUUAGCAGGAAUCAAGAGAAAUACUGAGCAAGGCAGUAAUCCUUGUUAUAAAAAUACAGACUAUGGUGGAAUGUUUAGCCGUGGAGUCACAGAUCAACUCAAAAUGAAUUUUUUAGAUAUAACAAAGAAAGCAAAGGGUUUGCCUAUGCAAGAACUUCAAACAGAUAAAAUUCCAGAUGCUAAAAGAAGGCCUUCAAAUCAAGAAGUCUUAAAAGAUUCACAACCUGUGAAUUUAAAGCCCAGUAAGAAUGUGUCUUGUGCUGACAACUCCAUCCCAAUCAAAGGCAAAGCUCCCUGCAGUAGCAGUAGCACCAAAACCAAAGGGAAACCUUCUCGUGAAAGUCUAACGGAGGGGCUUCAAGGCACAGAACAAUUGCUGCAGAUCUACAGUGGGAAUUUGACUAGUAACAGAGAACUUCUAAAUGGUGGUGUUAUCUGUAAAGUAAAACUGGGUAAGAGUACAGCAUCGACCACCUUGACAUCAAAGCCAGAGGAACAAGGUUCUUCUGGUGGAACAGAGCACAAAGAUUCAGAUGAGGACGAUAAUGCAGAUGACAUUCCAAAUUCCCAAGAGCUGUUAUUUAUCUCUGAGGAUUCUGAUGUAUAUCAAACUAUUGAGUUGGAUACUAGAAAAGAUAGCAGCCAAAAGCCCCAAGGCCUAAACACAUUGGCAAAUGAACUCCAAAAACCAAGUGGCUCACAAACUCCAGUUGAUAUGCUGGAGAUCAAAGUAGAAAAUAAUACGACUAAAAGAACAUUAAAUGUACAAGGGAAGGAAUCCUGCUCACAUUCAAACAUCCAUGACGAACAGACAUUGGGGGUAAAGGAGGAAUUGCCAGGAGAUAAAGAAAAGCUCGUCAAAAAGGAGGACAAGAUGGAGACUUCAGCUUCAUCUGGGAAAAGUAAAGACAAUAAAGCUCCCAAGUUACUGCACAACAUACAGGCUGAAAAGUUCCCUGACUAUUCUGGAAAUCUAAAAUUGUUCUGUCAGUUCAGAGACAUCCAUGAGGACUCCACAGUCACUUGGACUAAGGACUCAAAGCUGUUGGCUCGGAUGCACAGAAGUUCUAGCGAUGAUUCUCCUGUUUCACUCGCAAUAGUACAAAUGAGUACAAAAGACCAGGGGAUAUAUCUGUGCACGCUAAAGAAUGCCCAUGGAAAAAUAUCAUCUGAAUUUCAUCUGACAUUUGAUGUGCUGGAGCAGCUGUCUCUAUAUCCAGAAGCUGAAGGUGGUGAGGAGAUUGAAUUCAACCAGCUCUUGUUCCGAGAGGACUUCAUCACUGACAUGUACUUUGGGGGAAACUUGCAUGGCAGAAUCGCUACUGAAGACUUGCACUUUGGGGAAGGAGUUCACAGGAAGGCAUUCCGGAGUAAAGUCAUGUGCGGCCUAUUCCCUGUCUUCAACCCUGGUCACCUGUGCGUUCUGAAAGUGCACAACGCUAUAGCGUAUGGAACAAAGAACAUUGAUGAACUCGUGCAAAGGAACUACAAGCUUGCUGUGCAGGAAUGCUACGUGCAAAAUACUGCGCGGGAAUAUGCUAAGAUCUACGCGGGAGAGGCGGAACAGUUAGAAGAUUUUGGAAAAGUUCCAGAGAUAAUUCCGAUCUUCCUCAUCCAUCGCCCGGCAAACAAUAUCCCAUAUGCAACAGUGGAGGAGGAACUAAUAGGGGACUUUGUCAAGUAUUCCGUGAAGGACGGGAAGGAGAUCAAUGUCCUGAGAAGGGACUCAGAGGCCGGGCAGAAAUGCUGCACUUUCCAGCACUGGGUAUAUGAGAAGACCAAUGGAAAUUUACUAGUCACUGAUAUGCAGGGUGUUGGAAUGAAACUGACAGAUGUUGGCAUUGCAACACUAUCUAAAGGGUACAAGGGAUUUAAAGGGAACUGUUCGGUAUCUUUCAUUGAUCAGUUCAAGGCCUUACACCAGUGCAACAAGUACUGUGAAAUUCUUGGAUUAAAGUCCCUGAAAGCCAACCCAACAAAGCCAAAGAAAGCAAGCCCAGCCAAGGAAAGGACUCAGCCCAGCACAGUGGGUGCCCGAAAAAGCAAAAAUGGACCCAAGCCGAAGCAUAAAACAUAGCUCUUCUUUGCGGCUAUUUCUGGAGGAAUGCGCUUUCCUAACCAUAUUGAGUUACCCACGGAGAGGACAUUCCUGGUCACCUAGAAACAUGAGCAGCAGUUAGUUACCCAGAUGGACUGAUUCACAGACGCUUAGGGGUUAUUUAUUAGUGUCCGAAUGCUAAAAAUUCGAAAAAUUGUUAGUUUUUUAUUUUAAAAUCUGAAUUUUUAGUGGA